GACAAGUGUAGUAAAAACUCACUCAUCUGUGGGCACAAUUCAGCUUGCUUCAACACUAUCAUGUGCUUUCACCCAUGGAAUUAGCUGUUAGGAGGUCAAAGGUCAAGGGGGUGGGAUGACCUGAAAUAUUCUGCUUUUACAAAAUGUUAUGCUGUUUUCAAAUGAAACACAAUUACCUUGCUCCUGUUACAGCUUUUAAAAUUCAUGUAUUUUUUAGGCAUUACUGUGUGUGUUUCUCUGGGUUUAAUGACUACUGGUGGCACUCAACAAUGCUUGGACAUAGACGAGUGUGUUAAGAUCCCAGAUAUUUGUGGGAAAUGGGGAACCUGUCGUAAUCAGGGUUGUAGCUACCUGUGCACGUGUCCCAAUGGAUUUAGGAACUCUGGCAACGGACAAACUCCGUGUGUAGACAUUGACGAGUGUAAUACAGACGGAGUAUGUGGAAAUGUGGGCAUCUGUCAAAACCUGAUUGGCAGUUAUUGGUGCCAGCGUCCUGCUGGAUUUACUAACUUUGGCAAAAACCAAGCUAAGUGUGUAGAUCUUAAUUGUGACCAGUACGAAACACAGCCUGGACAGACUCUACCAGGCUUUGAUAGUUUAUUGUCUCUGUUGAGAAACAACUGUUUGGUGUUGAGCAACUCUAUGUUGCCUGGACCGACAAGACUGCUGCCAACUGGAGAUGUGCUUUUGACAUUACUGGUUAAUGCCACUGAUGUUGUUCAACUGGGCCUCCAGUCCAAUGGUCACCUUAGUAGCAGUGAAGUGACUAAGUUACUGAGGACGAUUGAAAUCUCUAUCAGACUGAUCGCUCCACUGCUGACAGAGAACGUGACCAGGAUAGAGACCAACCACACAGAGGUUGAGAUUAUGGUGAGAAGAGACAAGACUCCACCUGAAGGACCAGUCAGCCUGACCAAUGAGAACACUCAACUUGACACCACCUGGGAGACGGUGGUUGGAGAUGACCAGAAUUACCCAGGGUUUGCAUUUGUUUUUCUGCUCAGCCAUAAGAAUCUGGAUAGUCUGAAGGACAGUACUUCUCAUCAGAGCCAGCAGCUCAUGUCCAGUGCUGCGACAGUUUCCGUUAGCAACUCCAACACAACAUACCUGCCCCAACAGGUUAAUCUCACCUUCAAUCACCUGCAGUCCAGUGAUGUUGACCCCACCUGUGUUUAUUGGUCGGAUGAGAAUGGACCGGGGGUGUGGUCUGGGCGGGGUUGUACCUUAGUGACGUCAAACUCCAACCAGACUGUGUGCUCCUGCAACCAUCUCAGCACAUUCGCUGUGCUGAACGAAAUGCAACAGCGGGCAGCUGUCGUUGGUGAUGUGGGUGGGUGUUUUUGUGGCACUGACCUGUGUGGUCCUGUCCCUGAUCACCACCCUGUGGUGUCGCUUUGUCAGCCGCAAACGCCGUGGAGGACGCCGGCUGCAACAGGAUGUACAGCUACAUAGAAAAUAAGACAUGGAUUUGAACUAUUUGUGUUCUAAGAAAAGCUUUACUUGGAAUCCAUUUGAAAAUAUUGUCUCUUGGCUUGAAAGGACAUCCAAUUGCCAGAAUUUGUAUUUAUUUAAGUAGUUUAAAAAUGUACCAAACAAACAAAAACAAAAACACAACUUUUUAUGAAUAUAUUUUUCAUCUAUAGAAAUCAGUUCUGAACUGUAAUAGAUGAGCUCUCAUCUCUAUGGCAACAUAAGUAAUUUCAGUCUCAUAAACAUGGUUUGUAAUUUGUAGAGAUGAGAAUAGUGGUAAAUCCACUCAUCGCUGCAUUUGUCCAGUAUUUUUUUUAAAAUGGUACCUUUAUUUAACUAGGCAAGUCAGCCUAGGAACUGUGGGUCAACUGCCUGUUCAGGGGCAGAACGACAGAUUUGUACCUUGUCAGCUCGGGGAUUUGAACUUGCAACCUUUCGGUUACAAGUCCAACACUGUAACCACUAGGCUACUCUGCUGCCUCUUUAAAAAAUAUAUAUUUUAUGCCACUUGGUUGUUGUUGUAACUGACUUAUUUGAAGUGAAAGUAAUAUUUUUCCUGUUUAUUUUACAGUGCUUGAGAAGGUAUUUAAAUCCACAAAUCAUCUUGCUAUUAUAUCCUUCAUUCUGACAUAAAUGUCUAAAUAUGAGCUGUCUGUUUGUAAAAAAAAUAAAGCACUACAUCAUACUGAAA